CGGUUACUUCACAGAGGCCGCCAGCAAGGUUGGUUGUGGGUGAAGGUCAUCGGUGGCGCGCGCUGUGGCGGUUGGGAUUGUUGUUGGCUUUUGACGGUUGGCAGCGGGUUCUCGUGCCCUUUUCCUCAAAGCCCCUGUCGGCCAUGGCGUGCGCCUCCUCGCUCUUCGCCGCGGUACCGCUCGCGCCACCCGUCGUCGUCUUCAAGAUAACAGCCGACUUCAAGGCGGACACGCACCCCAAGAAGGUCAACCUGGGAGUAGGUGCUUAUCGUACUGAUGAAGGUCAACCCUGGGUCUUGCCUGUAGUGAGGAAGGUGGAACAGGAGAUUGCUAAUGAUAACAGUCUUAAUCAUGAAUAUGUACCCAUUCUGGGCUUUCCAGAGUACACCAAACUUGCUUGUGAACUAAUACUCGGAAAGGACAGCCCUGCCAUUGCGGAAAAUAGGGUAGGUGGUGUGCAGUGUUUAGGAGGGACAGGUGCUCUUCGAAUGGGUGCUGACUUUCUGCGUCUUUGGUACAAUGGAACUAAUAACACAUCCACGCCUUUAUAUGUUUCUUCACCUACAUGGGCCAACCACAAUGGCGUAUUUGGUGCUGCAGGAUUUACUGACAUACGUAACUAUCGUUACUGGGACCCAGCCAAGCGUGGCCUCCAUCUACAAGGGCUUCUGGAAGACAUGGAGAAUGCUCCGGAAUUUUCCAUUUUUGUGCUGCAUGCGUGUGCACACAAUCCGACUGGUACGGACCCAACACCAGAGGAAUGGAAGAAGAUUGCUGAGGUCAUGAAGAAGAGGUCCCUUUUUCCAUUCUUCGAUGCAGCCUAUCAGGGCUUUGCAUCUGGUGACCUGGAUAAAGAUGCUUGGGCUGUUCGUUACUUUGUGAGCCAGGGGUUCGAGCUCUUCUGUGCACAGUCUUUUUCUAAAAAUUUUGGACUAUACAAUGAACGAGUUGGGAACUUGUGCAUUGUGGCCAAGGACACUGACAAUGUGACAAGGAUUCGCUCUCAAAUGGAGAAGAUAGCCCGGACUAUCUGGUCAAAUCCACCAGCUCAUGGGGCUCUAGUUGUCACCAGGACUCUGAGUAACCCACAGCUCUUGGCUGAAUGGAAAGGUAAUGUGAAGACCAUGGCUGACCGUAUUUUACUGAUGAGAGUACAGUUGAAGGAGAAGCUGCAGAAACUGGGGACACCAGGCACAUGGGACCAUCUCACUCAGCAGAUUGGAAUGUUCAGCUUCACAGGACUCGAUCCUUCCCAAGUUGAUUAUAUGGUAAAGAAGAAGCAUAUCUAUCUCAUGGCCAGUGGCCGUAUCAACAUGUGCGGCUUGACCUCUGGCAACUUGGACUAUGUGGCAGAAUCCAUUCACGAAGCAGUGAAGAACAGCCAGUGCCAGUAAUCUCACUCACUUGACAAUGUGGCCACUGAAGCAACUUGCUUGUAGAUGUGAUUGUGUGUGUGUGUGUGUGUACCUGGAGAGGGAAGGGGGUAUUUUGUUUGGUCUGCCUCCCUCCACUAUCCUCUGCCUAAUUUAACAAGUUAAUUGGUAAAGGAAAGCCCUGGAUUUGAGAAAUAAUAAAGUAAACACAGAGAUGCUCAUUAUUUGAGCUUUCCUUCUUGGCUCAGUAUCUUUCCUGAUUUUAUCCUUACAAUUACACUUUUAAUUAAAAAAUAAUAGAUAUGCUUAAGAAUGUUUCAGAUGAUGCCUGUGAAUUUUAACAGAAAUGAACAAUUCGUGUCCAGUCGCAUCUAUUUUUCUCUUUUUCUCUGUUCUUACCCCACUUCCUUCUUCCACCUUUACCCCCAUAUCCCAGGCUUAUUAAAUAGCCAGCUCCUGUAUCACUUAGCUUCACGUUCUUUAUCUGCAUAAUGCCUCUGUAUUUCUGUAAGUGUAUAACAGGACACUUGGGUUUACAUAAAUGGAAGAGAUUUUCAGUAUAAAGGCACAAGAAUCAUGUUGAACUAAUGAACCCUGGGUUCCAAUGAUGUAGCUUAAAACAUAUUAAAAGUUCUCCAUUAAGAUGAACAGUCUGGGUCAAUGAACGAUCUGUGAUAUGAUCCAUUUUUGAAAAUGCAUGAUUCAGACCAAUGUUUCUAUAACCACGUGAAAGCACCCACGUGAAAACACUCUUGCUUGAUGCAAAGCAAGGAUUUGAAUCUCUUUCAAGAAACUUCCACUCUCUGUUUCCCAAAUGACUGCUCCAGAGCAGACAGUCUACUCUAUGUACCCGUUAGAUUGGCUAGAUUUUCAUUUUUUUUUGAUUGGACAACUAACUGCAAAUGUAAUCAUUUGUAGAAAAGCAGCUAAUCACUUCUUGUCUUUUUAAAAAUGAAUGUUUUCCUUUAAAGUCCUUCCUAAGUGCAGUUUCAUGAUCAAAAAUAUCUCCCUUUCUAAGUAAACAAACCCUCCAACAAAAGGUGCCAAAAAAAAUUAUGUUCUAAUUUCUGUUUCCAAGGUUUUGCCACGAAAAAAAAAGGCAUUUUCUUUUUUUAAAAUCUAGACUUUUUUGUGAUAAUUCAAAAAAUGUUACCACAGGAGUGGUAUCAAGAUGGAUGAUGUUAGGGAGGGUGUAUAUUGUUCGAAUGGAACCACAAUCACGUAUUGUGCAGAUGUUUGAAGACAUCAGUCCACAAGCUACGUUUUGAUAGCUGGAAGGUCGGGCUUCCCAGUGUAGGCAUCGUGACACCAAGUGUGUCUUGACCUGCAAGGCAGUAAGGGCCGAAGCUGAGCUCCACCUUCUCACAGGGUUUCCCUCCCAUCCUGUCACCUUUAUACAGGCCAACUUGCUCCUUCACACCCCUGCUCUCUCAGUUCCCACUGAAGGGUUGCAACAAUUUUCAGGCCUCAUAAUAGGUUAAGUGAGAAAAGUAGCGAAUGUGAAGUGUAGACAUAAGGUUGCAUCUGGAAGACAUGAUGCUCACAGUAAUUAUUAGACAACAAAUUAAGCCAAAAAGCUUUCUCCUUGAAGAAAUGACGUUAGUGACAAGUGUUUGGAACAUCUGACAGCAUAUUAUAAUAUUCAAGGUACAACUGCUGAUCAAGUUCUAAAUAUGCUAAAAUUGUCCAGUUUUGAGCACCUAGAAUGAGCCAAUUAUCAGUUACCCGUCCAAUCUUGGAAAAUGAAAAGCAAAUUCAGUUUUUUAUUAUAUAGAUAUGAGGUGUCAGAAUUGAUGAAUAGAGUGAUGAAUAGGUUCCGAUUGCAGCAUAUUAACUAGUGUGGACCGAAAGACUGGCAGAGUAGGAUACUGUACCAACACUUUCCAUGAUUCUAAUUUAUAUAGCAAGUAUUAAAUGAGUUGAUAACUAUCAGAUAUCCUUGAAGUUUUGCACAUUAAUCAUAUGGACUGUGUAGCUAAUAAUGUGCCAAGAUUGGUGACUGUUGUCUGGAAUAAAGUUUACGGUUUCUGGUCCACUUCCCAAUGAUGCAGUUUUAAAUCUAUAACUGUUGACUAGUAAUGGUACUAAGAUUAAUUAAGUAGAAGAUAGUGGGCAUUGGUAAUACCAAAUAAUAUUUUGAUCUUCUGAUUAACAGCUAAUGAAUGUAACCAGAUUGUGGUUGACUGCAUACCAUCAUGCCACCUUCCAGUUGCUACAGGGAAGACUGUAUUUAUCAUGUUGACUGUAAUUUCUGUGUAGUAACACUUCAUUUCUAAUUUAAUCAUUAUUAUAAUGACCCUUUGGUUGGUAUUGAGCAGAGAAAAAUUCAUCUUCAGUUAUUUGCUUGUGACCAUCUGAUAAAAUCCUCUGUCUGACAUUUAAUUGAUUUUUAGCAUUUGGUAAUUUAUUGAAUUGCUAUAAAUCAAAAAGCAAGUGCACUAGUGAUCCAAUCCUAUUAUGUAUACGGUUGUCAGCUUCUUAUAUGAAUGUCUCUAAAAGACUCUAUGGAAUGUAUAUAAAUGUGGAUAAUCAACAAUUUCAUUUAAUUAAUCUAUAAGAUGUAACUGGUCACAUUAAAAGCAACACAACAUUUAAAAAAAA